AUGAGCUCGACAAAUUUUGCCGCUGCUCAGGAGCGGGUCCUUGAACGCCGCCGUCUUCGUGAGGCCGAAGCUCGCGCGAGGCUUGCGGAGCAACAACGGGCGUCUCCGGUUAACCAUCCCGCACUUCAACGGCUCCCGUACCCAUUAAGCCGUCUCCCACAAUCUGGUCUGUCGCUAUGGAAUGCAAUCAAAGGCCGCGAGGGUAUACGACCGGCAUUUCGGGUCGGUCAGGUUGAUGCCGAACUGUUGGACGAAGAAUUACUGGGGUUGCUUAAAGGCCAGGUUGGAGAGGCGUUGAAGUAUUUUGGGCCACAAAUGCGUGAGGACUGGUCGCAUGAAAUUCAAUUCUCUCUCCGCGCGAUUCUCUUUAAGCUUUCGCUCUGGGAUCACGAUGCUUCGUACGGCGCCGCGUUACAGAACUUGAAAUACGUCGAUAGCCGUAGCAAAGGCCCCGUUCAUUCCGCCCCAACCAGAUGGCAGAAGACCCUGUAUGGCCUACUUACGGUUGGCGGUCGCUACGCCUGGGAUAAAUGGGAAAGCUGGUUGAUCAACCAAGAAGGCGGCUACGACGAGCCAUCUCAGGAAGUUCGUGUACUUUCCCGCAUGACGGACUUAGUCUCUACAUCACACUCAAUCGCGGCCUUUGUUUCGUUUUGCGUAUUCCUUGUCAACGGUCGAUAUCGAACGUUAGUCGAUCGAAUCCUUCGCAUUCGCCUCACACCUCCUUCGGCACAAGCAAGCCGCGAAGUGUCAUUCGAAUACCUAAAUCGACAACUUGUGUGGCACGCUUUUACCGAAUUCCUCCUCUUUCUGUUGCCACUUGUAGGCAUUAGUCGGUGGAGACGAUGGCUGUCUAGAGCGUGGCGCAAGACAAUGUCUACGCUCAAAUCAAGUGGGGAUGAUGAAGACGAGCAGGUUCGGAAACAGGGCGAGUUGGCGUUCCUUCCCGAAAGAACUUGCGCGAUCUGCUAUAAAGACAACAACCCGGCUUCGACAACGGAAAAUGAGGUGAUGGCUGCAUCGAGUUCGGCAGGAAUCGUCGGCUCGGCUCAAACAGACAUCACCAACCCUUACGAGACGAUCCCGUGUGGUUGUGUAUAUUGUUUUGUGUGCCUGGUCCAGAAGUUGGAAGGUGAAGAAGGCGAAGGCUGGGUCUGCCUUCGUUGUGGAGAGAUCGUGAAGAAAUGCAAGCCAUGGAAUGGUGACGUCCUGGAAGAAGUUCGGCCUCAGUCAAGCUCCGGAAAAGUUGUCGGGUUCGCCGUGGACGACGGGGCUGACGAAGCUGGCGCAAAUGCCAGUGAACUGGAGAGAGGUGAUGAAAACCCUAUGGGACGUUCGAGUCCUUUGCAAGAUCUAAGCUCAGACGAAGCCCUUGGUGAAUCCAAUCAUUGGUCUACCGUCGACAAGGAGCCUACUGCAGAUGGACCCGAAGAGCAGACAAACGAGAUGAAUUGA